AUGGUGAAUUCCAGCAAGAAACCGUUUGUUUGUGAGGCCUGUGGUAAAGCCUUUACACAGAAAGGUACUUUACGCGUACAUGAAAAGGUGCACACUGGUGAAAAAACAUUUGUUUGUGAGACCUCUGGUAAAGUAUUUACAACGAAGGUUAGUCUACGCAAACAUGACAGGGUGCACACAGGUGAGAAACCAUUUAGUUGUAAGACCUGCGGUAAAGCUUUUACAAGUCAUAGUCAUCUACGCGAACAUGAGAGGGUUCAUACAGGUGAGAAACCAUUUGUUUGUGAGACCUGUGGUAAAGCUUUUCCAUAUCAUAGUUAUCUACGCAUACAUGACAGGGUUCACACUGGUGAGAAACCAUUUAGUUGUAAGACCUGCGGUAAAGCUUUUACAAGUCAUAGUCAUCUACGCGUACAUGAGAGGGUGCACACAGGCGAGAAACCAUUUGUUUGUGAGACCUGUGGUAAAGCCUUUACAGAGAAGGCUAGUCUACGCCAUCAUGACAGGGUGCACACUGGUGAGAAACCAUUUAUUUGUGAAACCUGUGGUAAAGCUUUUACAAAGCAUAGUCAACUACGCCUACAUGACAUGAGGGUGCACACACGCGAGAAACCAUUUGUUUGUGAGACCUGUGGUAAAGCCUUUACAGAGAAGUCUAGUCUACGCAUACAUGAGAGGGUGCACACUGGUGAGAAACCAUUCGUUUGUGAGACCUGUGGUAAAGCAUUUACUGGCAAAAGAAGUCUACGCAAACAUGACAGGGUGCACACUGGUGACGAGUGCAAUUAA